AUGGUUGAGGUUUCCAAAACCGACAUGACCGCCUCACAGCAUCAAGAAGAGGCCGAUGUUGACCUUAAGAAUGUCCAUCCGGAAAACAAAGGAGCCGAUAGAGCUGCAAACCUCAUCGGCAACCAGCAUAUUGAGCUUACAGAGGAAGAUAAUAAACGAAUUCGACGAAAGACCGACAAACACAUUCUAUCAAUUCUUGUCUGGGUGUACUUCCUCCAGAUUCUCGAUAAAUCCGUCCUGGGAUAUGGCGCCAUCUUUGGUCUCAGGGAAGACUGCAACCUCACGGGCAACCAAUACUCGAUGGUCAGCUCCAUCUCUGCCAUUGCGCAGUUGGUCUGGCUACCGUUCUCGUCUUGGCUCAUGGUCAAAGUUCCCCACCGUAUUCUGAUGCCUUGCCUCGUCUUUGGAUGGGGAUCUGCUCAAGCCUGCAUGGCAGCUUGCCACAACUACGGGGGCCUGAUUGCAACCCGCUUCCUGCUUGGCCUCUUUGAAGCUGCUUGCCUGCCUCUUUUCUCUGUGAUAACAUCGCAGUGGUACCGCCGAGCUGAACAGCCGAUCCGCGUUGCUAUGUGGUACGGCACCAAUGGGCUUGCAACCAUGUUUGCAGCAGCAGUCUCCUUCGGAUUUGGUCAGAUCAACGGGUCGAUCGCAUCUUGGCGAAUCCUGUUCAUCUUUGUUGGCUUAAUCACCGUCCUCACGGCCCCCGUCAUCUAUUUCAUCAUUGACAGCGACGUUCCCUCUGCGCGUUUCUUGACCGAGCACGAAAAGUUGCAAGCUCUCGAAAGACUGCGGGCAAACCAGACCGGUACCGGCUCCCGGAACUUCAAGUGGAAGCAGGCCUUUGAGGCUCUGUAUGAACCCAAGAGCCUUCUGUUCGUUGGAAUGGCCUUGUGCUUGAAUGUAACAGCCAACGUCACCAACACUUUUGGUCCCAUUAUCAUCAAGGGCUUCGGAUUUGAUGCUGAAGUUACAUCGCUAUUGAAUAUUCCCUUCGGCGCUGUCCAGCUACUUGUGAUAUUGCCUGCCUCCUAUAUGGCCCAUCGCUUCCGCAUCAAGUCUCCCUUCCUCGAGUUCGUCUUGCUUCCUGUUCUUGCUGGAGCGCUUAUGUUAUACUUCUUGAACCGAAGUUACAUCCCGCCUCUGCUGGCAGCGUACUACAUGCUUGCGUUCCUCUUCGGCGCCAACCCGCUUCUGGUCUCGUGGAUGAUUUCCAACGUCGCUGGUACUACCAAGAAAUCAGUGCUGCUGUCUUUUUUCAACAUUGGUGUCUCGGCAGGCAACAUCAUCGGGCCCCUCUUGUUCAACGCCCAGGACGCGCCAUACUAUAAGCCCGGGCUGCAGAAGACGAUGGGAAUCACCUGCGCCCUCAUUGCUGCUAUCGGCUUGCAGGUUGUCAACAUCUUCUUCCUGAACAAGAUGCAAGAACGAAAGCGCGUUGCCAACGGCAAGCCUGCCAAGCUCCACGAUUCUAGCAUGGAGCAUCGUUAUGUGAGCACCCACAACGAAGAUGGCGAGAAUGGACCUCAGUUGGGCGCCAAUGCCUUUGAUGAUUUGACCGACUCCCAGAAUGAUGAGUUUGUUUAUGUAUACUAA